CGUAAGUGGAGUGCAUAAAAAAGAGUGGAGUUGUCUUGUCCAUCUGCAUCUGCAAGAAUGGGAAAAGGAGGAUCUUUGAGCGAGGGCGUGAUGAAGAAGAUCGUCCUCUCCUACAGCUACGUGGCCAUAUGGAUUUUCUUGAGCUUCAGCGUCAUCGUCUACAACAAGUACAUCCUGGACAAGAAGAUGUACAACUGGCCCUUCCCCAUCUCCCUCACAAUGAUCCACAUGUCCUUCUGCGCCACCCUCGCCAUCCUCCUCGUCCGUGUCCUCCGCAUCGUCGAGCCCGUCUCCAUGUCCCGCCAUGUCUACCUCUCCUCCGUCGUCCCCAUCGGCGCCCUCUACUCCCUCUCCCUCUGGCUCUCCAACUCCGCCUACAUCUACCUCUCCGUCUCCUUCAUUCAGAUGCUCAAAGCCCUCAUGCCAGUCGCCGUCUACUCCAUCGGCGUCUUGCUCCGUAAAGAAUCAUACAAAAACGACACCAUGUUUAACAUGCUCUCCAUCUCCCUCGGCGUCGGCGUCGCCGCCUACGGCGAGGCCCGCUUCGACGCCUGGGGUGUCCUCCUCCAGCUCGGCGCCGUCGCCUUCGAAGCCACGCGUCUCGUCAUGAUCCAAAUCUUGCUCACCUCCAAAGGGAUCUCGCUUAACCCAAUCACUUCCCUCUACUACGUUGCUCCCUGCUGUCUCGUCUUUCUCUCUAUCCCGUGGAUCUUUGUUGAGUAUCCUGUUUUGAGAGACACUUCAAGCUUUCACUUCGAUUUCGUCAUCUUCGGGACGAAUUCGUUCUGCGCCUUCGCGCUGAAUCUGGCGGUGUUUCUUCUGGUUGGGAAGACGUCUGCGUUGACCAUGAAUGUGGCUGGGGUUGUGAAGGAUUGGUUGCUGAUUGCGUUCUCGUGGUCGGUUAUUAAGGACACCGUGACGCCGAUUAAUUUGUUCGGCUACGGGCUUGCGUUUCUCGGUGUGGCGUAUUAUAAUCACUCCAAGUUGCAGGCGCUCAAGGCCAAGGAGGCGCAGAAGAAGACCGCGCAGCCGGAUGAGGAGGAAGGGAGCUUGCUCCAGGACAGAGAUGACAACAAGAGGAACGACCAGCAGAAUUAAUUUUUCAUUUUUUCAUUUUCACACACCAAAAAAUAAAACCAGGAACAAGACCUUUGGAUUUCGAGGCCGAAUUGCCGGUUCGGAACUGGAUUUAUGGAGCUUACAUGCUUAUUAAUUCAUAGUACAUUUCAAUUCUGUGUAACGUGAAUUUGGGAUUUAUCUUAUAACUCAAGGUCACUCAAAGCUAAUAACUGUCCGACAAUGGUUUAGUUCUGAUGAGAUCUUAAUGUUUCAAAUUACUCUGUUUCGGUCGGAUGUGCGGGUUGUUCACUGUUCGUUCUGCGUUGGUUUUAAAAUUAUAUUGAGGGUUUUGUAA